GUGAUACACGGGUACAAACUUGUUAAACUGUGUUGUGAAUGGACAUUUUUAUUUUGCACAUUUGUUAUUGGCAGCAUAAAAAUCUAGGAAAUACGUUUUAUGAUAGCAUUAUUUGUUGUGCUGCGAAAUACAUGGAAGUCUUCCAUGGAACCUUUUAACAACCAAUUUUUCUUGAAAACUGCUGAAUUUCUCCUUUUAAUCUUCUUCAGUCAAACAUAUAAUGGAAAAUUAUGUUCAACUUCCAGCGUUUUACCUUUCUCAAAUAUUUUUCCUGGUAGUUAUACAAAACCAUUCCGAGAUGAACAUAUCCAUAUUGAAUAUGUAACCAAAUAAUCGUCUCCUUGAAGAAACUUUCUGUAUCACAUCUCUUAAUUCUUUUCUUUCCCAUCUCAUUUGCAUUCUCAAAGAAUGUCCCAGUUAAUACUGCUUGAAAAAAUGUGUAUAUUGUAAAAGUAUUAUGCCAACCACCGAGUUACUCAUACUGCUCCACUGACUCUUGAUUUUGUGGAUGUAUGUCAUCAAAGUUAAGUAUAUUGUAGAGCAUCUCCAAUUUUAUAUAAACAAUAAUUGGUCUCUAACAAGUUAUUAUGUUGAGACCUUUCAUAUUUUAGUUUGGUUUGACCGACUUCUUGUCUUUUACUUUGAUAACUCUGGAAGAUAAUUAUAUAUACCUAUGUGUAGUUCUUGAGAUCUUUAUUAGAAGAAAAUGUAAUUUGUAUGAAUUGUGAUGCUGUAACUGGUCUUUGUUUUCUUUGUCCUAAGUAUUGAAAUAGAAGAUUGCACAGAAGCCACACUUGAAGGGAAAGCCAUGCAGCAGUCAAGAAGCUAUUUCCCCAAUUUUCAUGAGUCCUUUGAAGAAGUUAUUUAUCCAAAAGGUGAACCUGACGCGGUUUCCAUUAGCACAAGGGACGUCGAUCUACUACGGCCAGAUACAUUUCUCAAUGAUACAGUCAUAGACUUCUACAUCCAAUAUUUGAAAAACAAACAAAACCCCGAUGAGAGGCUUAGGUUUCACUUUUUCAACAGCUUCUUCUUUCGAAAGCUGGCAGACAUGGACAAAGACCCAUCUAGUGCCUUUGAUGGCAAGGCUGCUUUCCUGCGUGUUCGGAAAUGGACUAGAAAAGUGAACUUGCUAGAAAAGGACUUCAUUGUCAUACCUGUAAAUUACAAUUACCACUGGAGUCUUAUAGUAGUAUGCUAUUUUGGCAAAGUGGUUGAUUACGAAGAUGUUGAUGCAAAUAAAUUAGCCAGAGUACCAUGCAUAUUGCAUAUGGAUUCUAUAAAAGGAAGUCAUGCUGGCCUCAAAGAUCUUAUGCAAAGUUAUCUAUGGGAGGAGUGGAAAGAAAGGCAGAUGGAAACACAUGAAGAUUUGUACUCAAAAUUUAGAAACUUAAAAUUCAUUUCACUUGAGCUACCUCAGCAGCAAAACUCAUACGAUUGUGGCCUCUUCUUGCUUCACUAUGUAGAGCUUUUUCUCGAGGAAGUUCCCUCUGACUUCAACAUACAUAAGAUAACGUCAUCGAGCAACUUUCUUACGGCAGAUUGGUUUCCCCCUGGUGAAGCUUCCAUCAAGAGAGCACAUAUUGAGAGAUUAAUUUAUGACCUAUCUGAGAAUCAAUCUGGAGGAUGCUCUCCAUCUGUUGGCGGUGACAUGCAUAAUUAUUCUAAUGGUACCAAGACAACUAAUGAAUAUGGAAAUGCUGCGCAGCUUGUUUCAGAAAAAUCUGAUCCUACGCAGGAUUGUCAUGGCAGUUCACUAGUUGGCUCUGGAGUUGAGAUUACUUUAUUGCAGACUUCGUCUUCGAGGAGUGCUCAAUGCCCCAGCAAUACAGGAUUGGUUUUAAGGGAGUUUUUUGAGCCGGGAUCUGCUUCGGGAUCAUUUAUUGAUGGACGUUGUCAAACCUUUGAGCAGCGAUCAUCUCUCAACGAGCUUGAGAGACCUAUUUCUCCAAUUCAGGAAGACGUGGAAGCUAAUGGGAACUUUGUCUAUACAACACAAACAGAAAUUGCCUAUCACCAACAUCUAGAUAUCACAGCAGAAGCAUCUCUCUUUCCUUACUCGUGUGGAGAUUUUAGAGUAGAAUCUGUUCCCCAAGCUGCGUUAGAGGAUUCUGAUUCAUCUCCGGCAGAUUCGGUUUGUGAUUCUGAUAAUUUAUUGGAAGUGAAGGAUGAUGAAUUAGACAAUAAAAUACAGGAGCCAAGAUGUGUAUCGCCCAAAAAUGUAGAGCACUUAUCUGAGUUCUUUGGCUCAGCUUCUGGCAAAAUGAUAAAUGUUGCAGAAUCUCGUUGCCAUGAUCAGACAAGUGAGCACAAUGAUAAUGUGCAUUCAAUCACCUCUCUCUCAAAUAAUCUACAGGAAUUUUAUCAUCAAGGAAAUGAGUUUCUGAGUGAUGGUAUGGGUCGUGAGUGCUUUGCUGAUUGCCCAGCCUCUGCUUCUGGUGAGAUUUUGUUGGAUGUUUCGGACUCUGAAAGCCCAACUCAGAUGCUCGACCCAAAUGAUCACGUGGACCCCCUCGCACAUUCUUUGAAGAAUUCACCACAAUCUUCCCAUGAUGAUGAUGAUAUUAUGCUCAAUGAUGUUGGCAUUGGCAGUGAGUCAGUAUUGGAAUCUGACAUGCAACGUGCUGCAAAGAGGAUGCGACUUGAUCCGGUUACCCAAGAGGAAGAACAAAUGAGUAACUCAUCCAAGGAUGAUCCACCUUUGUGAACUGAAUGCUGGAUUCUCUAUUUCACAUUUUUUGGUGUCAAAAAUGCAAGUUGCUGCUUUGUCAGGUAAGAGAAGUAAUGGUCUUCAUUUACUGUAGAAUGAAUCUUAAAGGUGCAUUACUAAAGUCAUUAAGUAUAUUGACGGAGAUUACUGUGUUUUUUAGUUAUCGAUGAUCACAUAGAAACGAAAGAUGAAAGUUUGAUCAGAAAACUUGUGUUUUUGACCUUAUUUUGUUUGCAGGAUUGGGAUCUUGAUCGAUAAGUUGUAGUUUAUCAGUAGUAAAACAUUGUGUGCAAAAUUAGGUAGCAUGUGUGGUGCUUUACUUGAAUGAAGGAAAAUGCAAUUUAAACUUGUCAGUUUUUCAUUUUUUAUCAGCCCAAGUUCUGUAUAUUA